CAUCAGCUGGUUCAGUCAGCGGCGGCGUGUCGAAGGGGAGUGAGUGUCGCCGCUCUGUGUCAGUGUCGAUCAGUAACCCGUAUCCCUCUGGUGCCCUUAUGGUGUCCCUCCGUGUCCCGCCCGCCCCUCGCGCCGCCCACCAUGUCCCUCGGGGUAGUAUGAGUCCCUGGCGUCCCUGGAACUAACCAAGUGCAAGGGUGAUGCAGGAUUCCAGGAUACUUACGGUCGUAAUACGUGAAGGAUGGUUGUGAGGUGUCCCGCGAUACGCCCUUACCGGUCCACGCAGCGAAUCAUGAGUCCCCAUGGCCCAGGGCGUGCAGUGUGGGCAAUCGUGGGCGUACUGGCAUGGUGGGCGGCGUGCGUGGUUGCCGACUUACCUCCGCACCUGUCAGCACUCGCACCUCAAGGCAGAGCGAUAGAAACACACUCUUAUUACUCGUACAACAAGUUCGCCCACAAGGAGUGUCGCGCUAACGGGCGGCAGGGCGUGUGUAUGUUCGUGUGGGAGUGUAUCAAGUCAGACGGGCAGCACGCGGGGAUGUGCAUGGAUGGCUUCAUGUUCGGCUCGUGCUGCAUUCACCACGACAAACACAACCACCUCAAGCCAGGACAGAUCGCCCCGGGGAUCCUCACCAAGAACGACUCCCUCCUGCUACCACACGAACCCGUCACCACCACCACCACCACCACCACCACUUCACCACUCCAAGGCGCUGAUUCUGUCUACACGUCGCCCUCCUUCAUUACUUCACGACCCAUCACAGUACGACCACCCACCACAGCCUGGACGAGGGUGCCGCCACGACCCACCACGACCUCCGCCAUGUCCACCAGGCCCCUACUCCGUCCCGUCACCCCGCCCUCCCCGCCCACACGACCCACCCGCCCACCCAAACCCACCAAACCAACACGACCCUCGACAGUCCCAUGGUGGGCGACAACGACCCCAAGAACAACCACUACCACCACCACCACCACCACGACUCGUCCACCAACCACCACCAACCGCUCCACCACCCGCACCAAGCCCACCACCACCACAACCACCACCACCACUACCACCACUACCACCACUACGACCACCCCCACCACGACCACCACUCAGCCCACGACCACUGUUAGUACGACGACUCACCGAGCUGGUCCCGUAGUGAGCAACGCGCACACCAAACACCAGUGCGGCGUGCCCUCCAUGAUACCCCAGCCCGAGGGACGCAUCGUCAACGGCACCAAUGCAAAGUUCGGGGAGUGGCCGUGGCAGGUGUCAGUGAGGCGUACGAGCUUCUUCGGGCUGUCCUCCACGCAUCGGUGUGGCGGGGCGCUGCUCAAUGAACUCUGGAUUGCCACCGCCGGCCAUUGCGUCGACGACCUGCUCACUUCGCAAAUCCGUAUCAGAGUGGGCGAGUAUGACUUCUCGUCAGUGUCUGAGCCGUAUCCGUACGUGGAGCGGGGCGUGCGUCGCAAGGCCGUGCACCCAAAAUACAACUUCUUCACCUACGAGCACGACUUGGCUCUCGUGCAGAUGGAGGAGCCUUUGAAGUUCCUCCCGCACAUCUCGCCCAUCUGUCUGCCGGGGAAUGACGACUUGCUCAUAGGAGAGACGGGCACUGUCACUGGCUGGGGGCGUCUGUCAGAGCACGGCCGCCUUCCCUCCGUCCUGCAGAAGGGCUCGGUUCCCAUCGUGAGCAACAGCAAGUGCAAGGACAUGUUUCUGAAGGGCGGCCGCAGGGAACACAUACCUGAAAUAUUCCUCUGUGCGGGAUACGAGAAGGGCGGCGUGGACUCCUGCCAGGGUGACUCUGGUGGGCCGCUGCAGGUGAGAGGUGCGGAUGGGAGGUACUUCCUAGCGGGCAUCAUUUCGUGGGGCAUUGGGUGUGCUGAGGCCAACCUGCCAGGCGUGUGUACCAGGAUCUCAAUGUUUGUGCCUUGGAUACUUGAAAAUGUCACUUAGGACACUCAGCACCUUACACUGUGAUGUCGUGCCUGUGCUGCCUUCCCUUGGCCAAUCAGUCCACUUAGAACACACCCAUGCACAGCCACACCCAAGGGACAUCCAGUGACCUCCCAGUGUUACUUGUAGACCAGUUUACCCGGUGUGACUCCAGGAUAUUACUCUUUUUGUUCACUUGGAAAUCUGGCAAAACUAUAAGGAAACUACCCAGGGAAUGCAGUGAAAGGUUGUGAGAUGUUAAAAAUGUGUGGUGAUAGUGUGUAGUGUCUUGAAUGGUGAGUGAAAUGAUAUACUAGGUAGAGACUCUCAGGAAACCAAUGCACAUGUGACUUGUUGACUCUUACACAUGUGACUGGAGAACCUCAGUGUGAAGUGAUACCUAUGGAAACCUUGCAACACAUUAUCCCAGUGAGAAAAAAAAAAAGUUUGCUUCAUUUGAAAAAAGACAAAAAGCUGCUAUGGAAAAAAACACUAAAAUUACUAGGAAAACACUUAUUAUACCUCACCCUGACAACUGUGUGUGUGUGUGUGUGUGUGUGUGUGUGUGUGUGUGUGUGUGUGUGUGUGUGUGUGUGUGUACCUCAAUGAAGUACAUAUAUGUGUAUGAGUGUGUGUGUGUGUGUGCUGGCCAUUUUGUGAUAAUGCCUCUUUGUGUGUGUCAGAGACAGCUCCGGCAAGCACAACACACCAGAGCAACCACAGAGAACAUUUGAGGCUCUGUAGUGGUGAGUGAAGCUUGAGUGUUGCAGGAGGUGAAGCCUUGAGUGUUCCUUGAAGCCUGAACAUUGCAACACAAGGCUGAGAGAGGCGUUGCGAGUGCUGGUCACACUAACGUCGCAAUGGAUGACAAUAACUGGGUGAGCAUGGAUGGAUUAGCAAGGGAACUGGCAAUUAAGUGGGUCUUUUUAUAUUCUUUUGUUGCCCCUAGCCAGUUUCCCCUCUUACAUGAAGAAAAAGUGUUCCCUCCAGCAGCCAUCCAUGUAGUUUGUAAGAUGAUGUGCCAUGUAUCCAGGCGGGCUUUCAUCCGUACCACAGGAACCAGAGGCUGCAUCCACCCACUGCCUUCAGGAAACACACUGAAGCUCGUAUCCUCAAACCUUUGUGUGCUUCACCUCUGCUAUUUCAAAAGAUUUUUUUUGAAUUUACACAAAUUUUCAGGGUUUUUUUAAUGUUUUUAUAGUGAAAGUGACAAGAUUUCUACAUUAUUAACUUGAAAACACUCUUGCAAACCCUGCUAAUCAUCUCUGUGGCUCAUGAAAAUAGUUGUGGUGAGACAGCAAAGCGUUUCUGAAUACUGGCCCACCCCUCACACCCGCCACCCACGCCUUGAAGAGUCCAUAGCUGGUAUAUGUGACUCCAUUCCUACACCAGUGGCAUGAAGACUGGUGCUUCAUGCUGGUGCCUUCUUAACAUGUACUGUCUUGUCACCACUGCCUGUCUCCUGGUGAACGACUGACUUAUUAGUGUACAGUACCUUAAUUCAGAUCAUGUCCUUCCUCUUAUUACAGCUUGGUGUGUGUCCUGCCUCACCCACUGUGUUUCAUAUGGGUGUUGGCUGGGUGAAUUGGUACAGAUACUCAUCAUGCCUCACCCACUGUUUCAUGGGUGUUGGCUGGGUGAAUGGAUGAAUGGUACCAAUGCAGUAUGAGAUAAAAAGGUGGAAGUUUGUAAAUAAAAGUGUAUGCUUUGCAGUGCGUGAUGUGAAAUCAACUACUUGUGUGUUUCGCAGACUGCUUAGAGAGAGAGAGAGAGAGAGAGAGAGAGAGAGAGAGAGAGAGAGAGAGAGAGAGAGAGAGAGAGAGAGAGAGAGAGAUGGAAUGUUGGUUUGUUAAACUUUGUUCCUUGACACCCAGGCUCUGUGAACAUCUUUGAAGGGUUCCUUGGCAAAAAAUUAUGCACAUUUGAUGAAAGCUUACUUUAAUUUAUCAAUGACUGAAUAAAAUUAAGUAUGAAAGGGAUGAAAUAAUUUGCAUUUUAGGGGAGAGAGAGAGAGAGAGAGAGAGAGAGAGAGAGAGAGAGAGAGAGAGAGAGAGGGGAGGUUUCACAUUUUUGUGGGGGCUUCUACCAUUAUUGUGUGAGUGAUUCUGGGAAAUAGCAGGAAGUCUGAAAGGGUUCCACAAGUUUGAAAAGUUUGAGAGCCACGGACUGCAAUGGUCUUCAUGAAACACUUCACUUUAGAAAUCUUUGUACUUACUCAUAGACUUUGGCAUUGUUGUUCCUUUGAGGGUAGUGACAGGCAGACAGCAAGUGUGUGGUGCUGUGGUGCUGUGAUGCUGUGUUGCUCUCAAGGCUUAGAGGAAGGAGGCAGGCAGGUGACCACUCUGUCAGUCUGUGAAAUGUUAUUAGUUCUUUCUCAGUCAGGCUUUCUUCUCUGACCAUAUCUAAAAUGUUAUUAAUAUUCUCUCUCUCUCUCUUGUUCUGAUAUUAAAAACUUCACAACAAAAAGCACUGAUUAGUAAAUCAACUAUAUCACAUUCAAUGAUUUUUUUUUUUCAGUUUAUCAGAUUGCAUUAUUAUUAUUAUUAUUAUUAUUAUUGUUGUUGUUAUUAUCAUUAUUAUUAUUACUAUUAUUAUUAUUAUUAUUACAAUUAUUACUUGACACUUUCAUUCCUAAGAUUACAACUUUCUCUUAUUUCAUGUCUGUGUGAUUGCAUUAUUACUGUUAUUAUUUUGUUUCUAUGAGCUAAGAUUACUACACUCGUCAUGACCUUCCCCCACACACACACACUCUCGUCAUGACCUCCCCCCCCACACACACAUACACACACACCUUUGUCAUGACCACCACCUGAUAUUCCCACAUUUAAUCUGCUGUCUGUAACAGUAUAUUAUUAACUAUUUUGAGAGCUAUUUUUUUAUAGUAUGUCUGCACUUUGAUUUAUUGUUUUCCUUGUUACUUCAGUGUGUAAAUAUAUGUAUACCACUACA